CUGCUUUCCACCCACUCCAGCUGGAGAAUAAUAAGCAGAGCUUGGUGAGAGGCGCGUGCGCUCCAAUCUCUCUAUCAUCACCUUUCUCGUCUAUUAGUCCAGUAAAGAACACAUUUUGUCAGCAUGGACUGCCACUGCGAGGAGAGCAGCCAGCCGCAGGAGGAAGAGGACAUCAUGGACAUCCCCCUGGAUGACCCAGAGGCCAACAAGGCAGCCGCCAAGAUUCAGGCUGGGUUCCGUGGCCAUAUGACCCGGAAGAAGUUGAAACCCGGUGAUAAACCCGGGGAGGAGGUGAGCAGCACUGGUGAGACGCUCAACGGAAGCCAGGGGGACGCAGCAGGGGGAUCAGAAGGAGUAGAGACAGAUGAGACGUCUGUGCCAGAGCAGUGAGGAUUCUUCACUCUGGGGACAGCAGUUCCUGGAGACAUACCUUUUUAUUUAGAGACAAGCAGUAGUUGUAGGUUGGAUCUCUCGUCUAAAUUAUGAUCGCUCCUUCUUAAUUAUUCAUUCAAUCUCUAUUUCUCUUUACCUAUUUCUCUUUUUUUCUUUCUUCUUCCCGCUUCUAAUCCAGUCUAACAAGAAAUAACUGUCCCAAACCAGCAUGCAUUUGCAUCUCACUGGGCAUGAACUUGGUGCAUUUGUAUUCUUCCUGAUUGUGUGCUAGUCCAAAUGUUGGUGUGAAAGCGACAAGGAAUGCCCGUAAGAGUUUAACACGUACUGCUCGACUCAGUAAUAUUUUAGACUUGAAAUGAUGUAUCACAGCUGUCUUUUGUAUUUGCUGUUUGCUUGAAGGUUUUGCCUUAUCAUGGUGGUUAUUAUUACGUACUGUAGUAUGCAUUAUGUCAUUAUGUUUAAAUACUUUAGGAAUUUGUGAGUGUGUUUGAUUGUGUGUGCGCGAGUGUGCGUGUGUAUAAUUUAUUGAAUGCUUUCUAUAUUUAUUGCUGUUAUGAAUCUGCUUUAUAAUCUGUUAAAUGUUUGCUUUGCUCCCUUUAAUAUUUAACUUCUCUGUAGAAUCAGAUGAAAAAAAGAAAUCAGAGCUUCCAAAACGGCAGUUAGCAUGGCUGGCCUUCUGUUCUUUCUUCUUUUUUUAAAUAAUCAAAUUGCUGUAUUUCAAGGAGUUUAAGAAUUUUGAUUUUACUAGGAAUGUAUGUUUUAUUAAUGGUUAUAAAGAUCAUCUUGCAUGUACACAAUGGAUUAAAGCAUCAACAGUAAACUGAAUAAAAAGCUCUGAAAUGUA